GCGAAUCUGCGAAUCUGCAAUGCGUGAAUGACAAGUUACCUCUUUAACCACACCCCCUCGGCGGAUUGAUAAUCCUAAACACGCUAGCUCAGUUCAGUUCAGCUGGCAAAAAAAUAAAUUUGCGGACAAGUCCAGUUGUUCGCCUCAGGCCGCCAUCGUUGCGUCCUUCCCCCGACCGAACUUGCCUUGCACCUUCCGUCUCGCUCGCUCGCUCGGCAAUAAUAAUAACUUCGAAGAAGCUCGUCUCGUCUACCAGUAUUUCCCAAGAGGCCCAUCGCAAGAGGACGACGGGCUAUCACAGUACAGUGCGGUACCUCCUAUCUGCGACUCGACUGCUCAUCUGCGCGGUCAAUCUCCCAAGCCCUUUCUCCGCCGUCCCGAACUAGGCCCGUUGGUGAAAUCUCGACGGCGUCACCUUUUGGACAUGGCGCAGAACAAUCGAAACGGUCACAUUCAGAACGGUUCAACCCCAUCGUCGCCAUCUCUUUCGAUGUCGAACGGUCAACAACAAAGUGUCCAGUCCCGUCAACAAGCCCAACAACCAGUGAGUUAUCCAAGUCCGACGUCGUAUCCCUCACCUUCGCUUUCGAACGCCCAAUACAACUACCCUCCCCCAAAUCAACAGGGCUCCGAACCAUAUCGCGCAAGUCCCACAGGCAGCACCGGUUCGCUUUCACUUCCUUCCAUGCGAUCGUUGGAUCCUUUGCAGCAGCAACAACAACAGCAGCACGCCAAUAUGAGCUCCAACCUUCCUCCUCCAGUUGCGCAGAUGGGUGGCGGACCAUACUACCACAACCAGGGUCAAACCCUCCCUCAUCCAUCGCACCAGUAUCCCAACGUCACCUCUGAUCCGACCGGCCAAAAUAUGCGAUACGCACUCCCCGUCACUGACUCCCGGGUCAUGAGCGGUGGUCGACACAAGAAGGAGAUCAAGCGACGAACCAAGACAGGUUGCCUGACGUGCCGAAAGCGCAGAAUUAAGUGCGACGAACAGCACCCUGCCUGCAGAAACUGCCAGAAGUCGAAGCGCGACUGUUUGGGCUACGACCCCAUCUUCAAGCAACAGCCAGGACCGGCGGCAAUUCAACCAGCGCCCAGCUCUGCACCCUCCGCAGGAGGUAUUGCUGCUACAUCUCAUCCAUACGGUCACCAACCUCAGAUCAUGACAGGUUACGGUGCCCCGACAAGUAUGAACAACUUUGAUCCUGCUCUCUCUGCUGGAGCCAGCUCCCCCGGUUCGGCGAGCCAGCAAUUCGACUAUGCUUCUGCAAUCGAUCCGGCUCUCGAGGGCGUUGGACCUUCUGCUUCGACCUCGACGUCCGCGGCAGCUGCACCUAUUCCAGCUCCUGCUUCGGCCCCUACCUAUGCACCUCCUGCCUAUCCUACAUCUGCUCCUGCCAAGCGCACUGUUGAGCACCUACUCGAUAUGGGUGGCCCCCCUCCCCCUCGCGCUCUUACCGAUGUCACGACCUCGCCCAACAUGCUCGAUGAGAUCAAGCACCUCUACUAUAGUAUCUACGCUCCCGGCCUCGAAAACUUCCUCGAGUCGAAGUGGUUCUCUGUCAAGGGUCUGCAGAAGCUCCUUGCUGGUAAAGCUCUGCUUGACGCAUUCGGUUCCCUGCUACACCAGUUCAGCAAGACUGCUCAGAACGACCCCAAAGAGAUCGCGUACACCUCAAGUGUUGAGGCACGUACAGUCUGGGCUCUUGCUGCUAUGGUUCGACAAGCAGCUGGAGAGAUGAACGGCACAAGAGAGUAUAAGACUGUUCCGUCGAACGACGACCCUGUUGAGGCGACCAAUCGCUUGAACAUAUUCGAGACCCUUAUUACUGGACGAGUUGCAGCUGCCAAUCCUCUCACUCAACCUGUCGCCGGCAGCACCGAUCACCACCGUCUCCGCGAACUAGAAUUCUGGCACAGUUUGGGCAAGUUUGUCACCUUAGAUUACGAAGACGAUAAUGCUGCCAAAACCGUCGAUGACUGUCUUGCAACACUGAGAAACCUGCUCGACGGUCGCGAGAAUCGUGAUGUCUUGUACUCCAUUGCCGUUGCCCGUGGUCUGGGACAUCGUGUCUCUGAGUACACUGAGUUCACUCAACCCUUGCACCUCGAUGAGAGCGACAACAAGAGCAAGUUGGUUGUGGCGAAGAAGUUCGUUCAAGAUGAAGCAAACGGUUCGGGAACUACCAAUGUCAUCCGACGAUUGUGUGACCUGGCUGCUCGUUCUUGGGCACCGUCGGGGCCUACGGGCUCUAAUUAAUCACCCGCUUCCUUGGAGUCUUAACGGUUUUCAUAGUCUUCUCAUUCCGGCGUCGCAUUGCAUUCUGCUCUUUCUCUUCCUCUUUAGCAUUUGGGAAAAUGGGUUCUUGCGUUCUUUUUCCAGUCGCUUUGGCAGGCAGAGGCAUUCGUCACACAAAAGUUGUGCACAGCAUCGAGGUGGGUGAAAGGGAAAACUAUUUUGCCAGGAGCUUUUAUAUUGCAUCGGAUGUACUCUUAGGAUGGAUCGAUGAACAUCUUUCGUUUCUCUAUGCUUUUUGCACGAUGGCUGCAUGUUUACGGGCAGGAAGAGUGUCAGCUGAGCAAUCACUGCAGGGAAUUCCACCAAGGGGAAAUGCUGAGGUGGUCUGGUAGAUGAUGGAGGAAGAUACAGCAGGU